UGGCAGCGUGAGUGUCUGUCUUAAGAUGCCUCAGAGAUCUUUCUUACUUGAGGCACGUCACGUCUGUCUCCACGCGAAUGGAUCCACCUGCGCGCGCCAGAUGAGUGACGCUCAUUUCAUAUGUGUGAGGAUCGAACCUGUCGCUGUCACUUCGGGCCGGUGAGCAGAGGUGAGGUGAGAACCUCUGCGCUUUCCUCACACCAGUCAAGAUUUUUCAGCCCGGUUUGAAUGAACUCAUUCAAGUGUGCGAGCCACAUCUUAUAGGACUAUGAAGACCACUCGAAAAUGCCGUGCUCUGCUUUCUGUGGGGUUAAAUCUGCUGGCACUCUUAUUCUCAACGACGGCGUUCAUCACGACCUACUGGUGCGAGGGGACUCAGAGGGUCCCCAAACCCAACUGUAGUAAGGAAAGACGGCAUAAUUGUAUUGACUAUGGGGUGAACGAGACAGACCCGAGUAAAGUUCACUAUAGCUGGGAAACUGGUGACGACCGAUUUAUCUUUAGGCAUUUUCAUACAGGGAUCUGGUACUCGUGUGAGGAGGAUAUCCAUGGAGGAGGUGAGAAAUGCAGGAGUUUUAUUGAUCUGGCCCCGGCAUCUGAGAGAGGUGUCCUUUGGCUGUCAGUUGUGUCUGAGGUGCUAUACAUCAUGCUGCUGGUCGUUGGCUUCAGUCUGAUGUGCCUGGAGCUUUUUCACUCCAGUAACGUGAUCGAUGGACUCAAACUGAAUGCCUUCGCCGCAGUCUUCACUGUGCUGUCAGGUCUUCUGGGAAUGGUGGCUCACAUGAUGUACACACAAGUUUUCCAGAUCACAGUCAGUUUGGGACCAGAGGACUGGAGACCUCACACAUGGGACUAUGGCUGGUCUUUCUGUAUGGCCUGGGGCUCAUUUACGUGUUGCAUGGCUGCCUCCGUCACCACCCUCAACUCCUACACAAAAACGGUCAUUGAGUUCCGGCACAAACGGAAGCUCUUUGAGCAAGGCCUGCGUGAAGAGCAAACCUUCCUGGAUCCAGAGGCCUUCCAUUACUUCCGUGACAGGUCCGUCCAGUCCAUCUCCAGCUCUAUAGAUGUUUACCCGAGCCACGGAAGCAGCCAUGGGAGCAGUCGCGGGAAAAUGCGCUCCCCUCCGGCUCCAGUGGACCAGAGCGACAACACAGAGUCUCUGGGAGAAGAGCAGUGCUGAGAGGACCUGAACUCAGUACUGCACAGGUGGCCUUGCUCGGACUGGAUAAAUUGGAAUACUGAUGAACUGGGAUGCGAGGGGUUGGAAUGUUGAAUUUCCUUUUUUGAUACGCAUUAUGAGGGUAAAAAAUGGACAUGCGUAACAGUAUUGAUCGAGGCGUGCAGGUAACAAGCUGAGCCUUAGCGUAGAGAUAUCAGUGAUUGUAAAUAAAAUCAU